GGCUUAUUGACGAGAUCAUCCAGAUCGCAGCCUACACACCGGAUUUCAAAUUUGCUCAGUAUAUCAUGCCUUUCGGGGAUUUGAACCCUACAUACAGUAGGAGACAUGGAAUCAGGCAGGUCAACAUAAUACGCUACAGAAGUCUAAGGGAUAUGAACACGCAGGAAUACGUGAAGACAAAGAGCGAGGUAUCUGCUCUUCAGGACUUUUUGCAAUAGUUGGAAACUAUCAAAGGUGAUGUAGUUAACGGAAUCAUUCUGAUUUAUUACGAACUCCGCAAGGCUUCUCCUGGAAUGCUUCUGGAAUCGCUAAGAAGAUAUCAAAUGCUUGAAAGGUUCUCGAAAGUAGUAAAAGGCUUCGCCAACGGCUUCAAUAAAGCGCAGAUGAAGUGCGCCAACACCAUCAAAUCGUUCAACUUGCACCUUAUGUCCAAGAUGUUACUAAACAGAGGUGCGGAGCACUUUAACAGCGCCGUGGACCGCGCCCCUGCCUCCUUUGACAUUGCCGCCCAUUUGGCCCAAGAAGAAAGAACGGAUUUGGCGGGCGAGGAAGUUGCCAAGGAGUAUGCAGACAACGAGUUUAAUUUGAUAGACGUUGUGUGUCCUUAUGUCAAUCCGGCUCGAAGGACCAAUUUUAUGACGAGAAAUAAUUGCUGA